AGCAGAUGCCCCGCUCCGGGAUCUUGUUGGCGGGAGCGAGUGUUGGUAUUUCUAGCUCAGGAUCGCUGGUGACGACCCAGCGCCGCGUCCUCCGCACCCGCAGCCCGGGAUCCAGGGCCCCGGUGGCACUGCGCCCGCCCGCCCCCGCCGCGGGGAGCCCCGCGCAGUCGGCAGCCGCGGAGCCGCGGGCCCCGGUCCGCUCACCUGCAGGGAAUCUGGCCUCCAGGAAGGUGGCUGGAUUCAAGGACCAUGUCCUGCCCACCAGUCCCCCAAAGCCCCACCUACUACAAACAUUCCUGGCUCUGACUGUCUUGCUGCACUGUCUGCCUCGUGUUCCACUCUACCACCUUGAGGAAUCAGUGACAUUUGAAGAUGUAGCUGUUGUCUUCACCCAGGAAGAGUGGGCCCUGCUGGACACACCCCAGAGAAAGCUGUACAGAGAUGUGAUGCUAGAGAACAUCAGACACCUGGUCUUUCUGGAUGUGGCUUUUCAGCUGGAGCAAGGAGAAGAGCUAUGGAGUGAAGGGACUGGGUUCCUCCAAGGCCAGAAUGCAGGCAGGGAAAGUGCCAUUCAAAAUGAAGAAAUGACAGCCACACAAUGUAUCAGUGGAAAGGACAUAUUUACAAUCAUGCAACUGCAGAAAUUUCACACUGAAGAGGAUCCCUAUGAAUAUGAUGAUUUGGGAGAUUUUACCCAUAGCUCCACAAUGACUCAACAUGUGUUAACCAAUAUGGAAAAGAAACCCUGUAUCAGCAAACAAUGUCAAAAAUCCUUUAGUGACCAUUCAUGCAUUAAUCAACAUAAGCAACUUUACACCAGAGUUAAAGCAUAUGAGUGCCAUCUAUGUGGGAAAACGUUUAGUAAUUGCUCUAGCCUUAGAAGACAUGAGAUGACUCACACUGGAGAGAAACCAUACGAAUGCCACAUCUGUGGGAAUGCCUUUAUUCAGAGCUCUGACCUUAGAAAACAUAGUCUUACUCACACUGGAGAGAAACCAUAUGAAUGUCAUAUAUGUGGGAAAGCCUUCAGUCAGUCGUCUAACCUCAGACAGCACCAAAGGACACACACUGGAGAACAACCGUAUGAGUGUUGUCAGUGUGGGAAAGCCUUCAGUAAAUGUUCUGCCCUGAGACGACAUGAGAGAACUCACACUGGAGAGAAACCGUAUGGAUGUCAUCUGUGUGGGAAAGCCUUCAGUCAGUGUUCUGCCCUGAGACGACAUGAAGGGACCCACAAUGGAGAGAAAAUUAUGAAUGCCUUCAGUAAAUAUUCUGACCUGAGAUAACACGGUAUUAUAAGUAAUGAAUGUAUGAGAAAACUCCAUUAUAGUUUUAACAUUUAAAAACAGCAAGGACUCACACAUUAAGGAAACACUGUCUGUAAUCAAUGUGGAAGACCCUGCAGUCAUCCUUACUCAUCUUCCAUGUGCAAAUGUAGAUGGAAGAUAAUCCAUCUGUAUGGAAUCUCUGGAAAGGCCUUCAGUCACUCGUCUGACCAUAGGUGACAUGUGAAAACUCGCACUGGAAGUAUAAAGAAAGCAGAAGUCUGCAGCAAGCUCUCAGCUUCAUACUAGAGAAUUCACGCAGGGGAAAGCCCUCAGUCUGCAGUCACUGUGGGAAUGCUUUCAUUUAUAAUUCAUGGUAAACAAUGUGAGCAAACCCCACCUGGGAGAACCCCUAGGUGUGUAAUUGCUGUGAACAGAUACUCAGCCAAGCUCAAGGCAUGGUGUGCACAAGAAAACUCGGUGAUGAAAUAACCACUAGAACGGUAUUUAGGAGGCAAAAACCUCUUAAGGAAUACCAAUAAUUUUUCCUUGGGAAAUGAUUCAGUGAAAACUUAGGAGAAGUCCUUUAUUCAGAGAGGAAUGCGAUGGCUUGUAUGAGAAUUUGGAGAAUACAAACACUUUCUGUGUCAUGAAAGAAGGACAGUGGUCACUCAUUUAUAGUCAGCACUGGAGUCCUCAUGUUGAGGAGACAGCAGUUCUAAACCCGGAGAAAGCUUCAGCUGGAUUUCAUACCUGAAAACUCAAUCUAGGGGAAAAAAUAAACCCUAUAGGGUUAACACAUGAUUCAUAAUUUUGAGGAAAAAAAACUAUUUCUGGGGAAAAUACAGCAUAUAAAUGCAAGAAAGAGUGACUGAGAAUAUUAAACGCAGAAUUUUGUAAGGAAUUAGAUUAAACUUUUUCAGUAGAUUAUUGCUAUUAAACAAUAAACUGUUGCUGAAAAGAAUCUAUGUUGCUGAAGUCCU